AUGGUCGGUCGGCUUCUCCAUGAGGAAUCGCGUCGCCGACAAUUCGCUAAUGAGAGCGUGGAGACCGCCAUGUUCUCCGGAGGGAGUUCCGGAGGAAAGUCCAAGUGGAGCAAGGGUGUGACGAAAAAGUCGUACGGCGGAAGCGAUCGCGGCAAGGGGAACACAUCAGACGGCGCGAGAAAGUGCUACUAUUGCGGCAAAGCGGGACACUUUUGGCGAGAGUGUCGGAAGCGGCCGAGCGAUUGGACUCCAUCAAAGGCGCGGAACCACGAGGGCAACACGCACAUGGCAUCCGGCGAGGCGGAUGAUACAAGGGAGUCGAUCGUGUUAUUGGCCGGUGACGGGACCAACACUUCGAGCGACGCGUGGUUCCUCGACACCGGCGUAACGCAACACAUGACGCACUCGGCAUCAUUCCUCACCAACGUUGGUGCACCGCGGGACGUUAAACGCGUCGUCUUCGGGAACAACAAGUCGCUACCGGUGGUUGGAGUUGGGAGUACGCGUCUCAUCGUCGAUGGCGGACCGGUUGACAUCACGAAAGUGCUUCACGUCCCGGGAUUGAAGGUGAAUCUACUCUCCGUCACUCAACUCGCGAAGAAGGACGUGAAGGUCACCAUCGAUGGCGCGACGAUGAACCUCUUUUGGAAGGGGAAGCAAUUCGCACAAGGCGUUCUCAACGGAGAACUCUACCAACUCAAGACGCACCCGGGAGUGGCUUCAUCCAACGUGGCGCAAGGUUCCAAGGCGACUCUCAAGGCGUGGCAUAAUCGACUUGCUCAUGCCAACUACGACUCGGUCAAAAAGUUGGUCAACAAAGGACUUGCGAAGGGAGUCGACGUGAUCGCCGGCGACGACGAGAAGGGCGUGUGUGCGGCGUGUGUCGAAGGAAAAAUGGCUCGCAAGCCAUUUGGUAGCCGAACGUCACCCCUCGCUAAGGACCCGCUUGCAAUUGUUCACAUGGACGUGUGUGGACCGAUGCGGCAUGCAUCAAAGGGAGGAGCGCGGUUCCUCUUGGUGAUGCUCGACGACGCGACGCGGAUGUGUUGGACCCGACUCUUGAAGGCUAAGGGAGAUGCGGCCAAGGCGAUUCAAGAGUGGGCGCUCGAAGUUUGCGACGACGACAAGAAGCGGAUCAAGGUUAUUCGCACGGACGGUGGCGGCGAGUGA